GGUGGCGAUUAAUAAAUAAAAAGAAAAUUGUUCGCGUUGAACUUUGAAGCCGUGAAAUAAAUUAAAAUGACAGUCCAACAACUCAACUCGACUAUUUCUGACGACUCGGAUGAUAUGGUUAGUUUACCAUCGGAGGAGGAAAUUUACAGGAGAAAGUACCAGUUGUUGUUAGAAAGAUGUGAGGUGCUACAGCAGGAUAAUGAACGAAUUGUGAAUAGAAUACAUGAAGUUAAAAAAAUUACUAGGCGUUAUAAAAAAGAUAUCAAGAUAUUAAUUGAGCGACUGGACAAACAUGGUGAUGCCUUCAGAUCAACCGCAGUUGAAGUUGAAGUUAAGCAAGAGGUCAUUGCGAAACCUCCUCGUGUGGGGGCCAAGACACAAGCAGGUGGCAAACAAACAGACAAACAAAAUACUGGUGGUGCUAAAAAACCUGCCGCUAAGAGAAAAAGUAAAGCUGACAAACCGGAACGAGAUCCAAAUGCCCCGAAGAAGCCCUGCAAUGCAUUUUUCCAAUUCUGUCAAGAGCAAAGGCCAGUGGUCGUAGUAGAAACUGCCUCAGAGAUGGGUUCAGAGCCUACAAAACAGGAGGUUACAAGACAGUUGGCAUCACGAUGGAGAGCACUUACUAAUGAAGAGAAAAGGGUAUACGUUGCAAUGUUUGAAAGGUCAAAGGAAAAAUACGCGGAAGAAUUGUCGGCAUACAAUAUCAAGAAAGAGCAAUGACAGUCACACUCAGACUGUAGCAGUUAAUUCUUUUGUGAUCACCAGCUUUAAUAUUAAGUUACGAUAUAAUAGUAAUAUUAAACUAGAAUUUA